AUGGGGAAAACUCAACUGGCUCCUGGAUUUCGGUUUCAUCCAACUGAUGUUGAACUCGUGAGGUAUUACUUGAAGAGGAAGGUGAUGGGGAAGAAGCUCCUUGUCGAUGCCAUUGCUGAAGUUGACAUCUACAAGUUUGAGCCCUCAGAUCUUCCUGAUAUGUCCUUCAUAAGGAGUGGGGAUCUCAAGUGGCACUUCUUCUGCCCGAGGGAAAAGAAAUACUCAACUGGAGUUAGAGCAAACCGUGCAACUGAGUGUGGUUACUGGAAGACCACCGGGAAGGAGAGACCUGUUCUGUGCGAUGCUGAAGUUGUGGGAAAGAUCAAAACUCUGGUUUAUCACUUUGGCAAGUCUCCUCGUGGGGAGCGGACUGAUUGGGUUAUGCAUGAAUACAGGCUUGAAGACAAGGACCUGACACAGAAGAAUAUUCCUCAGGAUACGUAUGUGGUGUGUGUUCUAUUCAAGAAGGACGGACCAGGACCUAGAAAUGGAGCUCAAUAUGGAGCUCCGUUUAAGGAAGAGGACUGGAAUGAUGUGGAAGAAAGCACAGACGUUCUUGCUACUAACAAUCUUGCAAGUCUUGCUGUGCCUAACAAAGAAACCAGUCUGGUUGUGGGGUACUCGCAAGGCCCUAAUAAGGAUUGCUUUGGUGGCAUGAUAUCUGAAUCAUGCGUCUCUGAUUUCCUACCAGCUACAACUCCUACUACCAGCGAGCUUCCUCAUCCAAGUUGUGCAGCCAACACUCCUAUAUCUGCUGUACCUCUUCUUGCUUAUAAUGGCACUGCCUCUCUGGCUCCCGCUCCCGCUCCCAACAACGUUGAUGACUUGUAUUCAAUGUUGGAUCUCUUUGUUGAUGAAGAUGAGUACUUGCAAUUCGGUGGGCCCAGCAACAAUGAGGUAGGUGGUCCUAGUGUUCCAGCUCCGCUCUUCUUAGAAGACAGCAUAUUCAGCGAACUACCAGACUUGGGCGAUAUGCAGAACAACGGCUUGUACGACCUAGUUGAAAACUCGGAGCUAUUCUUAGAGCUACAGGAUCUCACUGCUCCAUUAGCCCCACCUCCUCAAACUGGGAAUCUCACCGACCCGAGUAGCUCCUAUCUGAUGAAUCAUCAAGGCCACUUUGAUUUCUCUAGUGCUGCUAAUGAUGAUGAUCCUUAUGGCUUUUCUGCUGCCAUGGGACCUGGACCAGACAUGUGA